AUGGGACCUAUAUCAAGAACAUCGCAGUUCGACCUAACGGACCCUCCUCGUCACGGAUCUGAGCACAGCCCUUUAAUCCCCAGCUCAGCCCAUCUAGUCCACGACUUCGACGGCGCCGAAGACGCAGUUGGAAUUACGGCGCUUUCGCCGGAUAUCUACGGAGUGAAUUGCAUUCAAUUCAGUCCAUUGAUUGAUCUCAGAACCGAUGAAAAUGCGCCCAAGUCAGUUCUGGUCACGAAACUGCCCGCUGGCUAUUUGGACCGCAUAGCUACUCUAAAUGAAGGAAAAGCAGUCGCCAUAUCCGACUCCCGGCUUGGUCUUAUAUGA